AUGUCCUACCCGCAGUUUGGAUACCCCUAUUCCUCGGCUCCCCAGUUCCUAAUGACCACCAACUCCCUGAGCACAUGCUGCGAGUCGGGCAGCCGCACGUUGGCCGAGUCCGGGCCGGCCGCCUCCGCCCAGGCGCCGGUCUACUGCCCAGUCUACGAGAGCCGGCUGCUGGCCACUGCGCGCCACGAACUCAACUCAGCUGCUGCCCUUGGUGUCUAUGGGAGCCCCUAUGGCAGCUCGCAAGGCUAUGGCAACUAUGUGACCUAUGGCUCUGAGGCAUCUGCCUUCUAUUCAUUGAACAGUUUUGACUCCAAGGACGGGACAGGAUCUGCACAUCCAGGCCUUGCGCCAGCAGCUGCAGCUGCCUACUACCCUUAUGAGCCGGCUCUGGGCCAGUACCCAUAUGACAGGUACGGGACCAUGGACAGCGGCACGCGGCGCAAGAACGCCACACGCGAGACCACCAGCACGCUCAAGGCCUGGCUCAACGAGCACCGCAAGAACCCCUACCCCACCAAGGGCGAGAAAAUCAUGCUGGCCAUCAUCACCAAGAUGACGCUCACGCAGGUCUCCACCUGGUUCGCCAACGCGCGCCGGCGCCUCAAGAAGGAGAACAAGGUGACUUGGCCGCCCCGGAACAAAUGCGCAGACGAGAAGCGGCCCUACGGGGAGGGUGAGGAAGAGGAGCCCGGCGAGGAGGAGGCCCGCGAGGAGCCCCUCAAGAGCGCCAAGAGCGAAGAUCCUGUGGGAAAAGAAGACAAGGAGCUAGAACUCAGUGACCUGGAAGAUUUCGACUCUCUGGAAGCAGAGACCCCGGAGUGCGAGCUGAAGGCACCCUUCCAGCCCCUGGACGGCGGCCUGGAGCGUGUCCCUGCCACACCAGAGGGCCCUGGAGCCCCGGGCAAGGAGGCCUCGGGUGCACUCCGGAUGCCCCUGGCUGCCAGUGGUAGAGCGGACCUGGACAGAGGCCGGAGCUGUCUCCGAAUCGCGGUGGCCGCACCGGAGCCGCAGGGAGGCACAGAGGGAGGCCCACAGGCCUGCGAAGCCAAGCUGGGCUUUGCCCCUGGGGCGCCGGUGAACAUGGAGGCCAAGCCACGCAUCUGGUCACUGGCCCACACGGCUACCGCCGCCGCAGCCACCGCUCUGAGCCAGACUGAGUUUUCCUCGUGCAUGCUCAAGCGUCAAGGUCCCGCUGCCCCUGGGGGCGCAUCCUCGGCGCCCCCUGCAACCUCACCUGCGGUCCCGACCUCGUCCGGGGCCCUAGACAGGCACCAGGACUCCCCAGUAACCAGUCUCAGAAACUGGGUGGACGGGGUUUUCCACGACCCCAUCCUCAGGCACAGCACUUUGAACCAGGCCUGGGCCACCGCCAAGGGCGCCCUUCUGGAUCCGGGGCAUCUGGGACGCUCGCUGGGAGCGGGUACCAACGUGCUGACUGCGCCCUUGGCGCGCGCCUUCCCGCCCACCGCGCCCCAUGACGCCCCAGCUCCCGGUGCCGCCAGGGAGCUGCUGGCUCUGCCCAAGGCCGGAGGCAAGCCCUUCUGUGCCUGA